UGUCAUUUACGUCAGUGAAAAUGGGUUGGCGACAAAGAUGGCGCCGGUAUCGACAACAGUGUACUACUUGAACAAAACAACGCUGUUAUAAUAAAAAAUAUAAAUAAAAUACGCGUUGUAUAACACAUUUUAAAACUCGGUUCGAUUGAUAUUCUUCAUAUCCAGUUGUGUACAAUGGCGGGCGUCAUGGAAACGGAGGAGCAGGCGAGGAAUCGUUUCCAGUCGGAACUGGAGUUUGUUCAGUGUCUGGCUAACCCGAAUUAUCUGAACUUUUUGGCUCAAAGAGGCUACCUGCGCGAAAAACAUUUUGUAAAUUACCUGAAGUAUUUGCUUUACUGGAAAGAACCAGAAUAUGCCAAAUUCCUCAAAUAUCCUCAUUGCCUGCACAUGUUGGAGCUGUUACAGUACGAGCAUUUCCGGAAGGAGCUGGUGAACGCCCAGUGUGCCAAAUUCAUAGACGAGCAGCAGAUCCUGCACUGGCAGCAUUACUCACGCAAGCGCACACGUCUUCAGCAGGCCCUCGCUGAGCAGCAACAGCAGCAGCAGCAGACGGCGCCACACGGCAACAACACUGCCACAAAAUGAAGCCCGAGCUGAUACACACCAGCUAGUGAGGCGUACAGCAUGUGCACGAUACCUCAAGUCACAGUAUCAAGAAACGAGUGUAAAUAUUGUACAAUCCCCCCUGUGUGGUAACACUGAAAGUUGGACUGUUGAGUUUUGUAAUUAAGAAAAUCAGACUGGAACACACUGACAAUUUCAUCCACUUAGUUUUCUUUCAAUGAAAAGUUAACAAUGUAAUGUAUAAGCGUUUAACUUUUCUCAUUGUCAUCACGACGUCAUGGGAUUACAGUGUUCCAGCGUGAUACUCUUAAUAACAAAACUCAGAGUAAUCCAGUGACAUCAUGAUGACGAUGAGAAAAGUUAAACGCUGAUACAUGUUGAGUUUUCGUUGAAUUAAUUAUUUUCUAACCCCACUGUGGUCACGAAUGAAUAUUUCAUCAGUGCCAGAAAGUCUGAUGACAUGACACCAAAUUCUGGUGAAACUUCUGUUUGUUUUGUUUUUUCCUCCCCCCCUUUUUUUUUUUUUUUUUUACAUCAAUUAAGAUCAGCUCAGAUAUUAUCACUCGAGUCACUUCUUUAAUCAUCUAAUGUGAAGUUUAUAACUGAUGUCAGAUUUGGUAAUGGACAUGAAAGUGUAGGUGUCAUUAUUUCUGUUUAUCUUAUUCGUUUUAUAAAAUAAAGACUUUCGUAUGAUGUUUCGUCUUAAAUUCGGGUCUUUUUACACUCACUGCUGGCCACUUUAAUAGGAACUUGUUCUUGAUUCUAAGACUCCUGUUCUUUGCAGGAGUGGAACCCAAUGUGGUCUUCUAUUUUCUGUUGCAUGUUGAGAUGCUUUUCCGCUCACCAUGGUUGUAAAGAGUAACUUUGAGUUACUAUAUCAUACCUGCCAACCUGUACGCAUAUUGCGUAGCCGCUACGAAUUUUUACCUCAUUGUACGACUGUACGUUUUCACAUUAAAAAGUACGCAUAUCGUCCGAACUUGCAUUUCAGUCAAGUUCUCGCUGAAGUUGAUACCGCUGAUCUGUGAGAAAACUCAAAGCCAGAAUGGAACGCUUUGCCCAAUCCCCCCGCCCCUCUUCCAGAGCGUGUGGCUCCGCCCUCUUCACCCCUCCCCUUCCUCCUUCGCGUCGCUGACUUGAGUGCAGCGGUGCAGCCAGAGGUCAGGUGGCUAGAGCAAGUCGGGGAUUGAAACAUCGGUUAGAGAAGAGAGAUUUCAUCAAUGGUGGUCAACAAUCCAUUCUGCAAAGAUCACUGGAAAGGUAAAAUAAAAACAUUAGGUCAGCCCAAUAAACCGACAUUGUUAACCCCUCGUGAACGUUAUACCAGGGCUUUCCACUAAAGCUAGCCGCACACUACGCCGAUCCACGCGGUACCGAACCGACCCAUUUCAGAGCCGACUCCCGACAGGGCACGCACAUAUCCCUGACUAACUCAUGACUGUUGACGAGUGCAGUCGCGAUUGAAGCGACACCAAACAAGAUUAUGCGAACUAAGCAUCAUAAACAUUCCGCUAAAUAUCACGUGACAACUUAAUAGCUUUGUGAUUGGCUAUUGGAUAUAGUUACUGUUAAAUCCAACACUUGAAGAUGCUACAGACUGAAUUACAAAUGACACAACAUGGAAUAUGUAGCGCACUAUCUAGGCUGCAUGAGCUAUUAUUUCCAACCUUAAAUAGUGCACUUAUAUAGGGGAGUUAAAGCGAUUUGGAAUUCAGCCACACAACUUGAGCAGAGUGGCUUUCCAGCCCACUGUAUCUAUGCAUAAAGCUUCAGUCUAUGGAAUUGCAGUAUAUACCUGCAUUAGGUGCUACCAACACGUAUUUCUCGCGCUAGAAAUUGUGUUUAAUGAUGUCACGUGUUAUAUGCGAAAGAUAUGAUUGACUAUUGCUAGCAACUCUCGCCGAUCAGUCUGGCUCCCGAUUAGUUUUUCGAAUCGGCUGUGAGAUGAGUCGGUACCAUCGAAAACUAGUCUUUACGCCUGACUCGCGACUUCAGUUGGCUCGGUACGCUGAAAAUCGGCGUAGUGUGCGGCUAGCUUAAGGCUCAUACUAGCCAUCCAUGACAAAUAAGUAGCCAGCCGGGGGAGUGUGUGUGAGGGAGAGAGAGCAGCCCCUCCCCUCUCUGCUCCCUGAGUGGAGCUCGUCGCCUUGGUAACGGUGCAGGUGCAGGGAAGAGACACAAUAUGACAAGCAAAGAGCGCUUUUUCUCAGAGUUUCCUCUCCUCGAACAACGCUGAUUUACACGGAAAUGAAAGGAGCUAUUCACAAAAUUCUUUCACAUUGAGUGCUACAAGGCUCUUAUGAACACAUUGAUGUAAGUUUUUUUGUCCCUAGUGUAAAAAAUGUGGCCACUAGAGUGAGUUAAAAACAAGUGACAUUUCUGAUUUUGCAGUAAAAGCGCUGCCACGUUUAUAAUGGGAGUCUAUGGGGCAGCGCCUGUCCUCUCCUUACUUUCAGGCUUCUCAUUCAAAAACUGUAAAUCCUAUCGCUCAGGUAGACACAUUGUGUGAAUCAAGACAAGUGUGACUACAACUUUUGAGAAAAUUAUGUCUUUAGAGUGAAAUUUGUGGCUGAAAACACAGUUUAAAUGAGAAAGUUUGAGCUUUUUUUUUUCAAGCUCUCUACACUCUAACUUAAUGAGCCCCACUGGUGUGUAACGCCAUAGACACCCAUUAUAAAGUCUGAAUUUCUCCAGAAUUGCUCAUGGUGUUUGAUCUGUGACUGAUGCACACAGGAGAAUUUUGUCUCCGUUUUAAAGUUUUAAUCAUGUCUCUAGGUGAAAGACAAAAUAAGCGUUCUCUCUGCUUCUGUUCCCUCCGAUGUCUCCUCCGACGGCCCUGGCACACUACUGCCUCUGCCGAGUGCGCACGCACACACCGCAUGUUGGGGCCGCAGAUGAGUUACUCUCCCCUGAUCAACGAAGUCGGCGGGGAAUUUGUGGUUAUUAUUGGUACAAACAGCGCGAAUCACAACUUAAAUGAGUGCGGUUCAGUUUGACAUUUAUUGUCAGUCUGUUAGAUAAACAUUUAAUUUUAUUAAAAUCGAAAAUUAAUAUUUAGAGCCUGUGGGCUACAAAAAUAAUAGUCAUUAAAGUAGCCGGCUGGACUUAAUUGUGUAGUCGGCUGUAUGGCCGGCAGGCGGCGCUUGUGGAAAGCCCUGGUUAUACUCGUUCACCAACUCAAUAUGCUGCAAUACUUCAGGCUUUCCCACAUGCAUAUUUCAGACAAAAACUGAACAUAUGGAGCCCGAACCGAGCGCCAAACUUGUUCAGAAACCCCAAAGAUUUCUGGAAAGCUAUCGGGAGAGGUGGCCUUGUCUCACACGGUCGCAGUUACCCAGCCACGCAUUCUGCACGGUGUGCAAGAUUGAUAUAGACAUCAGUCACCAAGGCCCUGUGAUGACCUGGCGACUUGUCCAGGGUGUACCCUGCCUUUCGCCCGUAGUCAGCUGGGAUAGGCUCCAGCUUGCCUGCGACCCUGUAGAAGGAUAAAGCGGCUAGAGAUAAUGAGAUGAGAUGAGAUGAGAUCAGUCACCAAGAAGCAACAGGUAUGCUAAUGCCGUCCCACACACGCCCGUUAAUAAGAAGUUUUAGCUAAGUGGAAGGCAGUGCGUAACACUUUUACUGUUAUGCACGGCCUUCCUAUAUUUGUAACAGAAACGGUUGUGUUUCACGUGUACUCAAGAGCUUCCUAGCCGUUAUUUUGUGCAUUUACAACACCAACAGUACAGGCUAGUUCUUCAUUUAACUUCGAAGCCGUCACUCGAGGUUGCAUAUUCGAUGCGGUAACCAACGAAACCUGAUUACAAUUCCUCUCAUGCUCUCAUUGAAUCACUAUGAUAAGUACCACUUUAUUGAUGUGCUCAACAAAACGUAGCGUGUUGUAUAUCUUAAGGGCAGUUGGUAACUUCUGUCAAUGGUAGUCUAGGAAUGUUUGCAGAUGAUGUGAAGUCGAAAAUUGGUCAUCCCUCUUAUGAAAAAACCUGCGUGGUAUUGCAGUAUCAAAUGCUUUUUUCUACAGUAUUACUGCAGUAAAUGCAAUAUUUCAAAUGCAAAUGCAAUAGUUUGCACAUGAAAAAGGCAUACUACAAAAUACUGCAGUGUACUGUAUAAUGCAAUAUUUUGGACAUGUGUGUGUGGGGGGUCUGCACAGUGCAGGAAAAAAAAGUCAGUUUCCCAUUUAUACACUGCAUUUUUUUCCCAUAAGGGCCUUACAAAAGCCUGGGUCUGUAAUGUUUGUUGUGCUUUUCAAAACGGAAGGAAGUUCCCAAGAGCCAUCAAUAACAGUUUCCCAAAGUCUAUCAAUAGGAAUGUUUUACAAAACUGGACUAUGUUCCCAAGGUCAAUCAAUAAAACUGAAUUGAAA